AUGCAGUUUUGGGGCCCUUUCACGCUUUUGGUUGCCACUGCAGCUGCACUCCAAAGCCCACAUCGCAGGGCUGCAUCUGUGAAACCGCCUGCUAGAGCUUUGCGAAAGCGAGAGCUCCCAUCCGGUCGCGAGCAUCAAUACCUGAACAACCACACCGCGAAAUUCCAAGUCAACGGAACCCAUUUCCCUCACGUCCCGUUCGACAUCGGCGAAAGCUAUGCUGGUCUACUUCCCAACACCCCCAGUGGGAACUCAAGUCUGUUCUUCUGGUUUUUUCCAUCCACAAAUCCAGCCGCGGAUAAAGAAAUUACAAUCUGGUUGAAUGGAGGCCCCGGGUGCAGUUCUCUGGAUGGUCUCCUACAAGAAAACGGUCCAUUUCUUUGGCAAUCGGGCGUUUACGAGCCCGUCCGAAACCCUUACUCGUGGACAAAAUUGACAAAUCUUGUCUACAUUGACCAACCCGCUGGCACUGGCUUCUCUCCCGGACCGGCUACAGUCCAAGAUGAAAUCGAUGUCGCCAAUCAAUUCAAUGACUUCUGGAAGGGGUUCAUUGAGACUUUCAGCAUGCAGGGAUACAAGGUCUACAUCACUGGAGAGAGCUAUGCAGGCCAGUAUAUUCCAUAUCUGGCCGCUGGCAUGCUAGAUCGCAACGACACCACGCAUUACAACCUCAAGGGUAUCCAGAUCAACGAUCCUUCCAUCAAUGAGGAUAAUGUCAUGAUUUACGCUCCAACCGUAGCGGCAUUGAAUCAUUAUUCGUCAGUCUUCGGCUUGAACGACACAUUCAUGACAGAGAUCAACGAGCGCUCCGACAAAUGCGGAUACACCAAGUUCCUCGACUCUGCAUUGCAAUAUCCACCCCCAAAGCAUUUCCCAGUUGCCCCAGACUACACAAAGCCUGGCUGCGAUGUAUGGGACCAGGUCGUCAAAGCAGCCACCUACAUCAACCCAUGCUUCAACAUGUACCACCUAACAGACUUCUGUCCAUUCCUAUGGAGCGAAAUGGGCUUCCCAUCACUAGCAGGUGGACCAAAUAACUACUUCAACGAAACCGCCGUCCAAAAAGCGCUUCACGUCCCACCAACCAACUACGCUGUUUGUGGCGGCAGUAUCUUCCCCGACGGUGAUCAAUCUCCACCAAGCGCUCUGGGCCCCUUACCCGGCGUCAUUGAGCGCACAAAUAAUGUUCUCAUUGGUCAUGGAUGGUAUGACUUCCUGCUCUUCAUGAAUGGCAGCCUCGCCACGAUCCAGAAUAUGACCUGGAAUGGCGCACAGGGUUUCCAAAAGCCACCUAUCGAGCCAUUGAUUGUUCCAUACACGGAUGAACUGGACCAGAUUGCCAAUGGUGCAACAAAGAUUCCCUGGACUGCUGAUGCUGGCGCUGGAAUUCUUGGAACCGCCCACACGGAGCGUGGUCUGACAUUUAGCUCUGUGUACGGGUCUGGACAUGAGAUUCCUCAGUAUGUUCCUGGUGCGGCGUACAGACAGCUGGAGUUCUUGUUGGGUAGGAUUGACAGUCUCCAGCAGAAGGGAAACUAUACUGCCCUUUAG